UAAAUAAUUUUCUUGCUAUGAAUAAAACAAAUCAAAUUACGUCUUUUUUUUACUAAAACUUUGUUUUUAUAAAAUUAAAUAAAAUCUUUGUCUCUCUAUAUUCCUUUCAUGGCCGCAGAGAAUUUAUCGGACAUAAGUCUUCUUUGACCAUCCCUUACCUCCGUUUUCAGCAUUUCUCUCUCUAAUCUCUCGGAAGAUAUAAGGCAAAUCAAGAGAGAGAAAAUAUUUUUCUCAUUAUCUGUGUUUACGAGAUGGGAAACUGUGCCAUCAAGCCAAAGGUUCUCAAAGAUUCUGACGAGGAUCUGGCUCCGGUGGAGCGAGAGACGGCGGUUCUGGCUGAUCAUGACAAGGAUCCGGCUGAGAAGAGCGAGAACGUCAUUGCUCCUAACGCUGCGGAAGAAGCUGCCGCUGCUGCACGACGGAGCGAGAAGGGAAAAGAGAUUUUGAUUGAAGAUGACGUUGAUGAUCACCACAAACGCCCUUCUCUUAGUCACUUGUUUCAUGAGGACAAGACAGUAGUCGAAAAAGAAGUAACUGAUCUAACUCCGAGAAAACCAGACACCAAUAACAAAACCGGUCCUUCUUCAGAGAUUUCAAAGCUUGAUACUACUGCUUUAGGGGCUUCGAAUGUCAAAGAUCCAAAAGAACCAUUUGACGUUCAGACUCGAGAUGACCUCGAAGUUAAGAUUCCAAGAGAUUCUGAUGUUAAGACUCCUGAAACUCCUAAAGCUAAGGAAGCUGAAGAAAACUUUUCAGAGAAUUGGGAAGUUAAGUUUCCAGAGGAGUUGGAAGCUAAGAAAACAUCUGAAGCUGUUAAGGUUGUAGAAGAGUCAAAACUUCCAGAAACUUAUGAGGUUUCUGCUCCUGAAUUGUCUGAAAUUAAGGUUACAAAAGGAUCAGGUGUUCCUGAAGUCUUGGUGGAUAAGAAUAUUCCAGAAGUUCCGGAAGUCAAGUCUGAUGAAGUUAAAGUUGCAGAGUCAGAACUUCUAAAGGUUUCAGAAGUUGAAUCUACAGAGGAUUUAGAGAUUAAAGUUCCAAAAGUUUUUGAAGCCAAGACUCCUGAAACAUCGAACGUUAAGGUUACAGAUGAAGCAGAGGUAAAGACUGAUCAACGAUUGGAAGUUGAGGUCACAGAAGAAGAAAAGGAGGUUCCAGAGUUUGUGGAUGCUAAAGAGAAGAUCGAAAAAUCUGAUCAAGACAAAGAGAUUGUGUUGCCUAAACCAGAGGGAGCAGAAAAAGAUGUGUCUUUGGAGAAGCAAGUCAAAGAGUCUACAUUGUCUGAUUUAGGAAACAAAUGAGUUACAAGAGAAACAGCAGAGAAAUUACCAAUCAGGAGUAGCUAAAAUGAUAUUUUUUCAACCAUUUCAUGGUUUAUAAAACAAAACAAAAAACGAUUUAGCAUUCUUUAGGCAAUUUCAGUUUGUGUGUUUAAUAUUUAUCUCUUUAUUGUUUUGUUCUUUUUUUUCUUUGAAAAAAUUAUGGGCAAUUUCAGUAGUCUAUUUGCAAGUCCCCACCCAAGUUGUACACUUUCCAGAAGAUCUAAAAGAUCAAUUUUUUUUAAAAAAAAAGAAAUUU